AAAAGAAUUUUCAUUCAAAGUGGAGAGCUAUUCCGAGAGUUUUAUUAAUGAUCCGUAUUAAUUAAUUUAAUUAAGAACGAUUAGCCAGGUCGUCGUCGUCGUCUUGAAGACCUCAAUCCCUCCUCCAAAUUCCGAAAAAAUAAAAUAAAUACCAAAACUCCCCCGUCCGACAUGCCCCCGCCUCGCUCCCGCACACCCAGGCUUCGUCCCCGAAACCCGUUCCCCCUCCCCUCCUCCCAACGCCUCUUCUCCCCUCUCCGGACGCCAACUCUCCUCCUCCCGAAGUUCGUACACUUCGCCUCUCCUCUCUCAAAACCCCCUCCAUUCGACUCCUCACAUGGCCUCUUCCAUCCAUGGAUCACAUCUCCACCUCCACCUCCCUCCUCCUCUUUCUCGUCGUCGCCGGCUCCGCCGCCUCCAAAGAAUCUCUAUUCACCAACCCCUGCAAUGAGCUCUGCGGCGAUCUCUCCCUUCCUUACCCUUUCUACCUCAACUCAUCCUGCGGUCCCCAAAUCGACGCCUUCCGCCUCACCUGCACCCGCAACUCCUCCCUUUACCUAACCCUCGGCCCCACCGAACUACGUAUCAUCGCCUUCCUUACCUCCAGCUCCAUCCUCCUCGACUACUCGUCCAAGUCGAGGUCCAAUUCCAACUCCAACUCAUCCCCUUGCGAUCGCUGGUACGCAGAUCUGAAAGUCUCCGCCGCGGUCCUCAAUCGAAGCCCCUUUGUGGCCGUCACAACAGACAACGUGCUUCGCCUCUAUGCCUGCGAUGAUUCGUCCGUGUGUCGGUCUGGGUGUGAAAGGGUGGGAGGGUGCGAGGGGGGAUGCUGUUAUCCGCUUUCGGAUGGGAGCGUGUGGAAGGCGGGUGAGGGAAUUGGGGUAUUUGGUGAGUAUGGGUGUCGAGGGUUUUCGAGCUGGGUUGAGAAGAGGGGAUUGGUUGGGCGUGCGAGGAGAGGGAUUGAGGUUGAAUGGGCCGUGCCGAUGAGAUUGGUGGAGGAUGUGGCUUGUGCCAAUGGGGCGGUGAUGGUGAACGCAACUGUGGUAAAGAAAGGGUAUAGGUGUUCUUGCGGGCCUGGGCUUGUUGGUGAUGGUUUUGCACGGGGAAUCGGCUGUUUCAAAGCUUGUAGUGAUGAGGGCCAUUCUGCAAAUGGUGAUUGUUGUAAAGGAAGGUUCUGCAAAAAGAGAGUUGCUAUUUUUGUUGGGGCCAUCAUUUCUGCAAUAUUUGUCUCCGGUGCAUUGGCCAUUUGUUUCCUCGUAAAGGUUCCAGUUAAUAGAAGCAAAGAUCAUCCUCACCAAGCCUGCCUCCCUAAAAUCCUCGGAAAAGCUUGCAGAACUCGAUUAUUCACCUAUCAGGAGCUCAACGACGCCACAAAGGGAUUCGACCAUGAACAGCAGCUCAUCAGUGUUGUUGAUGGGACCAUCCACAUCGGUGUUAUCGAUGAUGGAUCUCUUGUCGCCGUGCACAAAGUGAACUGCGAAAACGAGCAGAAUCUCAAGCAGGUUUGGGAGAUCAUAGAGAUUCUCUCCCAGGCUUCGCACAAGAAUAUUGCCAGAAUAAUUGGAUGCUGCAUCAGCUCCAACCACUCAUUGCUUCUGGUGCAUGAAUUCUUUUCGCAUGGAACUCUGGAGGAGCACCUCCAGCGACGCAGAGGAAACGGUUUUUCUUGGUACCAUAGACUUAACAUCGCUAUCGAAGUUGCAAGUGCUCUGUCUUUCCUUCGAAGCGAGAUCUCCCCACCUGUCAACCUCCAUGAUCUCAAAUCCAGCGAAAUAUACAUCGAUGCAGAGUAUUCCAUCAAAAUUGCAAGCUUCAAGUUUCUGAGCUCCACAAAUGGCGAUGAAUCCUGUUCAUACGCGGUUUCUCAUGAUGCUCGGAUUGUCAACAACUUCGGUCUCAUAUUGCUGGAGCUCAUCACAGGUUCACGAAAGGAACAUCUUUUAGAGCUCACGUUGUUGAAGAUUAGGGACAGAAAGCUUCAUGAGAUUGUGGAUCCUUACCUUAGGUUUGGCGAGCAACCGUCGGUUCAAUGCGAACAAAUUGAAAGAGUGGCACUCUUUGCGAUGCAGUGUUUGGGAAGUAGGAUGGGUGAAAGCGUUUCCAUGGUUACUGUUGCUAAAGAAUUUAUUCUGAUUACUCAUGAUGGCGUGGAGGAAGGUGGCAAGAAAGAGCCUAUACUGGAGGUGACUUUUUCAAACUCAAGCCUUCUUCAAAUGAUAUCCAUGUCGCCAGACACUCUGCAUGUGCCUUAAAAGGCGUUUCUUGAAGCCCAGAUUUUCUUGGUUUUAGCACGUGAAGUAUGAAAAGUAGUAUUAACUUAUAUAUUGAGGAAUCUGGCAGCAAGUUUUGUCGAAGUUCCUAUUUUAUUUACUCUUAAAUGUAUUGCUUCUGUAGUGAUUAGCAGUUUUUUUUUUUUCGUGUGGGAAAUCUAGCUGUUUUCUUCUAGUGUUAUUCUUGGGCUGGGGUUGGUCAUGCUUUGAAUCCUUCUCCAGUUGUAUUCUCUUCAUCUCUUCAUCGUGAGGCAGGAUUCGCUUUACAAUUAUGUAGUGUUUAAAACCCUUAAUUUUUUUUUUUGGAAUAUUUACAUACAUACC